GCGAGACGUGCCAGCCUUGCCCCGAGGUGGCGGCGGCUCCUUGCCCUGUCGUGCAGCCGGGGUGCCCGGUGCGAGUGGAGGAGAAGGGUGUCGCAGAGGACCCUGGGGCGGAGAUCGCGGCCGCGUUGCCGGGCGUGUUGGUGGCGGUGCUGGUUGAGCUGAUCCGUGCGCUGCAGGGCUGCUGGCGCCAGGCCAUGGACCACAUGAGGGUCGUGUUGUGGCCCAGGUGGCGUCUGGACCAGCGAGGUCGCACGCGGGGGAAGUUCUCGCAUUGGGUUCAGUCCGCCGACGGUGACGUCUGGGAGGAGGAGCUGAGCGGGAAGAACCCUGCCACGGGGCCCUCUGGAGGAUCUAUCCUGAACCAGGUGACGGGAGAGCCUGGACGAGAUCCUGGACCGUGCUGCCGAGUGGCGGAGCCCCUGCCCGGCAUGCCGAUCGGCACUGUCGUGGACCCGCUGCCAGAGGGCGUGCUGCGAGACGGAGGCCAUGCCCUGGGACGCCUUGCCAGCUGCAGCCGAUGGGUUCGGCUCGAGCAGGUGGACGAGGGCGGCAUCGUCGAGUGGGCGUCCAGUCGGGCGGAGGAGUUGCGGGGCGCUCUGGUCGCGAUGCCCGAUUCUGCUGGAGCGGCAGAGGGCGAGCGCAGGAAGAACUUCAGGCGAGCGGUGGCCGAGAGCUCGAACGUAGCGCAGGACCAUCGCCGGCUGCCAGCUGAUCGUACGUGCCUACACACCUGCAAGAUCAUGAUGGCUCUGAGCGGCUCCCCACGAGCAUGGUUGGAACGCUCCUUGAGAGAGAAGGGCAUAUCUUCACCGGAUAGAGUUGCACGCGAGAUCAGAGUCUUGAGCGAUAUCCUGGAAGAGGCCGGAGAUUUUUACCAGCUCAAUCUCGGAGGAUUGGCUUGCUUGGAGGUGGCGGCCCUUCGCUUGAAUCUGCUGGUGGAUGCGCGCAAGACGAGCGGAACGGCCUCAUGCUCGAACGCGAAGUACCUCUCGCCGUUGACAGAGGUGGACCAGCUGAUGGCUCCUGGCCUGCGCUCCAACGCGUCGAGGAGGACCCCUUCAGUGAUGGCCGCGGCCCGUGCCGCCGCCGACCCUCGCGCGUGGUGCCGCGUCGCCGGCACGAACACGCACCCGGGAUUCCAGGCGCCCUGUGGCGCCGGGUUCACCUUCCGGUCGGACGCGUCCGAGAGGAUCAGCUACGACUCGAUGGCCUGGGGCGCGCCACCGGCGGAGCCGCCGGGGCGGUGGGCCCCGAGCUCCGCGGCGGGAACCGCGCCCGGGUGCUGGGGCGCCCCGCCGUCGCCGAUGGGCGGCCCGUGGGGCCCCGUGCGGUGUGCCAGGGGCAUGCGCCACCGAGGCAACGCGGCGCCGCCCGAGCUGCUGAGCGGUGGCGAGGAGGAUGGGCACAGCGACAGCGAGGACGAAGGCUUCCCUGCGAAGAUCCCCAUCUACCCCCCCACGGACGACGAGGGCGAGGGCGAGCCGGAGAUGAAGGCCGCGUGGGAGCUCUGGCCCGUGCGGGCGCCGAGGCCGCGCGCGGGCCGCCCCGCCCGCGCCCCCGCCGCCUGGGAGCCCGCGGCGCUGCCGGGCCCCUGCGCCCCGGCCUGGGCCAUCCUGGGGACGCGCCCCCGCGAGGCCGGGCCGGCGGCGGCCCGCAAGGCGGCGCCGCCGGGGAUGGUGUUGCGGCGGCCCCUGGGCAUCCACUCCCUCCCGGCGGCGGCCGCUGCGGCGGGCGGGGCGCCGCCGCCGGGCGUCCACGGCCUCUACACGGAGACUGUGGCCGCUCCCGCGAAUGCCACCAGCGUUGCGGUGGCCAGGCCCAGGGCCGAGGAGGCUGCCCUCGAGUGGAAGACGUACCAGAAGGAUCGGCGCGCUAACCCGCCCAGGAUCACAACUUUGGUGGUGCGCAACCUGCACGUCCGCUCCACUCAGCAGAAGUUCCUUGACGAGGUCAACCGCAGUGGCUUCGCGGAGAAAUACGACUUCGCAUACAUCCCAAGGAAUUAUGAGGACGGUUCCGGAAAAGGCAACGGCUUCAUCAAUUUCAGAACUCCUGAGGCGGCCACGGCUUUUGCGGCCGCGUGGCACCGCUCCAGGCGUCUCGGCAUGGAGGACGAGACUGGCCAAGUAGUCCCUCUGAACGUCUCUGUCGCUGCUCACCAGGGCCUUGAAGCUAAUCUGCGCAAGUGGACCGGCGCGCGGGUGACGCGCGUCAAGAAUCCAGAUUUCUUGCCUUUCGUCCUUAGGGGCUUCGAGCCAGAGCCGCAUGCAUCCGUGCUGGAACCCCCAGGUCGGGGGGGACUCCCAGGAGGGCGACGGCGCUGGGUGCGCAAGCGCCCUCUCAUGGCCGGAGAUCAGGACGAGGAGCUGGACGGGAGCGCGCAGCUGUACACCCCGUCGGGCGACGAGCUGGACGGGGAGGGCGGUGGACUGCCUCCUGCCCCCGCCGAGGAGCUGCGGCUCGUCGAGGGCCAGGCGUAUUCGUCGACGGGCUACAAUGCCCAGGGCGACAUCCAGUGCCGCUUCACUUGGGUCGCCCUUCGCCUCUCGGUCGGAGUCGAGACGUACGCCAGGCCGAGGUUCCUCUUCUCAGACGACCCGUACUGGGACUGGUGGGCGUCGAACCCAGGCGAGCGCGGGGCCGUGACUGCGCGGCCCCUCGUCCACGUGUGCCGGACGCAGCCGUGCCAGGUCCAGCCGCCGCGGGGUUGCUCGGAGCUGGUGCACAUCACAGACGCGACCGCCGUCUCGGCCGACGAGCUGCGGGAGGUCUUCGCGGCGUUCCUCUCGGACAACCCAGACGCGGUCUGGCCCGCCGACCUCUUCGGGCCGCGGCUCACUGGAGGGGUGCCUGGGGAGGCGCCUGCCAGGACGCCGGCUCCGUCGGAGCAGCCAGGACUGGACGAGCUCUGGGGCGGCGACGUGGUCGAGGCGGAUAGGCGCGGCCGCCGUGCCAGCCUCCGCGGGAAGCUGGAGGCGGCGCAGGACCGCUUCGCUCGGCUUCAGCAGCAGCGGCGGGCCGCUGCGGGGGCUGCGGAGGCGGUCGCUGCCCUGGACGACGAGCCGCCGGCGAAGAUUCCGCGGCAGGGCGGGCCGCCACCGCAGCGGUCGCUUGCCGAGGUCCUCGAGGACCGCGUGCGGAAGGCGGCGAAGGUCGGAGCAGCUGCAUCGGCCGAGGACGCCAAGGGAGCAGAGGCGGCCGCCCCCGCCGUUGGUCAGGGCGGAGCUGGCGUGCAGGAGCUGCUGACGGCCCUCCUCAAGGCGCUGCAGAGCGCGACCAGGUCGUCCGAGGACCCGUCCUUCGGCGGCGAUGGUGGUGUCGCCACCGCCGAGGGCGACUUGCUGCCGAAGGGCCUUGCGUCUCGUCGGGCCCACUGCAGGAGGUUGGCCCUGGAGCACCCAGGGAGACUCGCGGAGCUGAGCCUGGCGCAGAUGGCAGAGUUCUUGGGGUCGCAAGACGGCGGCGGGUCGGUCGAUCCGCAUGGCCCGAUCGUCCUUCGAUUCCUCCUGUCGGUCUACUUGCCGCAGCAUCCGGUGAAGGAGAUAGGGGGCGAGAUCUACCGCGAGUUGCGGACGAUCGCGGAGGCGCUGGACCUGUUGCUGCAGGGCCGCACGGCCGCGGUGGCCGACAUCCUGGCCCAGCGCUUCAAGGCCAUCCAGGUGGCGGUCGGCGACGGGAGCUGGUCGGCGGCGAAGUGGCUCGAGCUGAUACCGCCGCGGGACCAGCCUCUCGCGCUACGCAACGAGGAGGAGGAGAUGAUCAGGAGCAUCCAGCACGGGGAGCUCAAGCUGGAGGCCGACCGCAUGCUGGCGGACAGGUCGGCAGCCCCAGCCCGUGCGGUCGCGUUGGCGCGGCCCUGGAAGGACGCCAAGGCGAAGUACCCGAAGAAGGCUGGCGAGUCGGUGAAGGCGUACGAUGCCCGCCUGCGGAGCCUGGCAGAGGCGGCAGGAGCCCUGGCGCGGGAUGAGGCGACGCCGCGGGGGGGGCAGCUCUCUGUUGCCGAGCUUUGGUCGGAUUUCUCAGCGGGCGAGGACUCGUUCACCGCUUCGGACUUCCAUGACUGGCAGCGCGUGGUCACGGUCGGCUUUGGGUCGAGCCUCACUGCCGUGGACUUGUCGGUCACCCUGCUGGGCCUUACCAUCACGGACCCUGGGGGUCUGGGCGCCUUCGCCAGGGAGUUCACGAUGCGUACGUCCACAAGGUCCGUCAUGAUGGAGUGCUGGCUUUACAUGGAGGUGCUUGGCCUGAACCGCAUGUACUGCGGGCGGGCGACCGCCACUUGGCAGCACGAGGGGUCCCUCACGCUGGCGCAGCGGCAGGCCAUGGCGCACCUCCUGUCGCGGGCUGAGGUCUUUGCGGAGGACCCCUUCGCGAGCGUGGAGGUGCCCGCGCUGUCGUCCGCCCUCCAGCACGCUGCCAUCGACUACAGCGGGGGGCCCGCGGUCAAGGCACUCCCGUGCGUGCUCGCGGAGCUGAAGCCGGGCUUGCCGCAGCCCGAGCACGCAGGCGCCUUGGACGCGUGCGAGUUCGUGGAUGCGGACAUUGGCGCCUGGCUGAACGACCCCUCGGUGGCGCUGAAGCCCGAGGCCGAGUGGCCCAACCCGCUCCCGAGGGCGCGGGUCAACGUCACCUCUGACAGCGACUGGGAGGCCCUCGCGGUGCACUUGGUGGAGCUGGGCAUCUUUACGGUGCUUGAGCCGCAUGAGGUGUUUCAGGUGCGGGGCGCUCCGCUCCUCAACGGCCUCUUCGCAGUCGAGAAGAAGGGAGCGCCUGGGCCAGGGGCCGAGCGGGUCACCAGGCUCAUCCUGAACAUGGUCCCAGGCAACUCGCUCCUCAAGCCGUUCGUCGGUGAGGCGUCUACACUCGCGGCGUCGACGGGCUGGACGACCCUUCACCUGCCCGAGGGCUCCCUGCUGCUGUGGUCUGGCGAUGACCAGAAGGGGGCCUUCUUUGUGUGGCGGAUCCCGCGCUGCUGGCAUGCUCACAUGGCGGUGGGCAAGGCGCUGCGCGGCGACCUGUUUGGGCGCGCGGCGCCGCGGGUCUUCGUCGCCUCAGCGGUCAUCUCGAUGGGUUGGAUGCUCGCCGUGCCGCUGUUCCAGCACAUACAUCGGCGAUUGUGUCGGCUUCCUCCCCCGCUUGGAGCGGGCCUACCGCCAGAGGCAGAAUGGCGGAAGGACACGGUGCGGCCGCUCGCUUUUGCUAAGCAGGGUCCCGUCCUUGCAUCUUGGUGGCAGGUAUACAUCGACGACUUCGACGCCCCCGAGAUCAUCGAGGAGGCCGCGGCGCUAGAGCUUCUUGGUAGCCAGGCAGAGUUGCAGGCCGCGGCCCGUGCCAGCUACGAGCGUGCGCAGGUGGCGAUCUCCUCCGACAAGGCGCACCUCCGCCAGCUUCGCGUUGAGAGGAUGGGGGCUUCCGUUGACGGCGUCACAGGGCGGAUCGGCGCCCCCCUCAGCAAGGCGUUGUCCGCCUGCGCUCUCGCCAUCGCGACGCUCGGCCUGGACUUGGUCCCGUGGAGGCUGGCCAUGACUGUGCUCGGCCGCAUUGUCAGGGUCUUCGAGUUUCGGCGGCCCUUGCUCAGCAUCUUGAAUGCAGUGUGGAGGCUUUCGGAGCCGCGGGCGAAGGUCUACCUGACGCGGGAAAUGAGGGAGGAGCUGAUGACGGCGCUCCUCGUGGUCCCGCUCGCCGCUACUUCGUUGAGGAGCCGCCUCGAAGGGAUGGCGUCGUGUUCAGACGCGUCCGAGUUCGGGGGGGGAGUCUGCGUGUCGACGGGCCUCCACGAGCAGGCGGAGGCGACUAUCCUCGCCGCCGGCGAGCCUGGCGCUCAGCUGGGCGCUGGGGCGAGGGUCCUCGGCCUGCCCGUCGAUCCGCGGGCGCCCUGGACUCGCAGCAAUCCGCGGAUCCCGCGGGCCAUCGUCGCCCGAAUCCUCAGAGUCCUCUGCAUCGGGCUGUUCGACGGCAUCGGCGGGUUGGCGGUCGCGCUCUCGCGCCUGCCCGUGCGCAUCGUCGGGUACGCGAGCGCCGAGACAGACGCCAAGGCCAGGAGGGUCGUACGGCUCAGGUGGCCAGGCGCCAUCGACUGGGGCGACGUCAGGACCGUGACCGCCCAGACGGUGGAGGACUUGAGGAUCGCCUACCAGUCCGAGGUCGACCUUGUGGUCGCGGGCGCAGGCAGCCCGUGCCAGGGGCUCACGGGGCUAAACGCUGCUGGGCGAGGCCUGGCCGACCCGAAGUCUUCGGUCUUCUUCGAGGUGCCGCGCAUCUUCGGGCUGCUGUCAGACGCUUUCGGGGCGAGUUUCAGGUGGUUCGUGGAGAACGUCGCGGGCAUGACGUCCAGCAGCCUGCGUGGCAUGAACCAGGCCCUCGGCGUCAAGCCCGUGUUUCUGUGCACCUCGGCCCUGGUGCCCUGCAGGAGACCGCGGCUGUAUUGGCUGAGCUGGAGCGUCCGCCCGACCCCGCCGCUGGUCCUCCAGGAGCGCGAGGAUAUGUUCGUGGUCAGCUGCAAUGAGCCGCCCCUGUUGAAUUUCGAUUGGCGGGAUCCUGGCGCGCGCUGGCUGGGCGAGCCUGGGCCUUACCCCACCCUCGUGUGCAGCAGGCCUCAGCGGGGCUACCCUUCAGCGCCGCGCGGGGUGAAGAGUGCUUCGCCCGAGGCGCUCGCUCGCUGGCAGUCGGAUUCGUAUCGCUACCAUGUUGCGCUCUACGAAGAGAAAAACCUCUUGCAGGACAGCGACGGAUCCUUGCGAGUCCCUUCGAGCUCCGAGCGGGAGAGGAUGAUGGGAUUCGACGUGCGUUACACGGCUGUAGCCACGAAGGGCUCGAACCAGCAGGAUAGCGACGACGCCAGGUCCUUCCUACUGGGCAACAGCUUCAAUGUGUUCUCGGUCGCUUGGCUGCUGCAGUGGCUCUUGCUGAACCUGGGGGCCGUGACGCGCCCACUGUCCAUGCAGGAGCUUGGGCACGUCGGCGAAUGCACGCCGUCGUGGGACGAAGCGGGCCGCUUCGAGAGCGACGCGGGGGAGCCAGAGACCGAAGCCAGCCGUCUCUUGCUCCUCAGCUACCUGGCCAGGUCCGAGAAGGGCGGGAGCGAUGUGCGUCUCGACGUGAACCUGCCGUACCGACCGAAGGGGUGGCCCAGAUCGUCGCUCGACCCGUUCGUGUGGAAGUGGCGAGUCGUGCUGAGUAUAGCUUGGCCCAAGCGGCAGCAGGCGCACAUCAACGUCAGGGAGCUGCAGGCCGCGCUCGCGGCGCUUCGGUGGCGGGCUCGUGCCGCUCGCCGCCACUGCAGCCGCUGGCUCCACCUCGUGGACAGCCAGGUCGUCGCGGCCAUCAUCACGAAAGGCCGGAGCAGCAGCGCUCGCUUGCAGCCGAUGCUCCGGCGCUGGGCAGCGGUCGCGGUCGCGGCCGACAUGUACCCGCUGAUCGGGUACAUCGCGUCAGAGAACAAUCCGGCCGACGAGCCAUCGAGAAAGCUGUGGCGGUACGCCGUUGCGGUCCGCAGGCUCUUGCACUACUACGGCGCUGAGGAGAGUGGCGCGCCCGCGCUCGCACUGGCCAUGGACGAUGCAGACGGCUUGGUCGCGGGCUUCCUCGAGAAGCUCUGGGCCGAGGGCGCUGGCAUUGCGGCUGCGAGCAACACCAUCGCAGGUGUGGCCUUCCUCUGCCCGUCUUUGCGCAGGAAGCUCGACUUGUCCUGGUCACUGCUGCGGACGUGGCGCCGCCAAGAGCCAGCGGCGCGCGUGCUCCCGCUGACCGCGGAGCUGGUCGGCGGCAUGGCGGGCUACGCCAUCGCAGCAGGCGCCUUCGACUUCGCCUGCCUUCUUCUCGUCAGCUUUGAAGCGAUGCUGCGAGGAGGGGAAGCUUUCAGCCUCACUGCAGGCGAUGUUCAUGAUCGUGGAUCGUGUAUGGUCAUCCGCAUUGGCAGCAGUAAGACCACGGCGGGCAAGGAUGCAGCUGAGGCCGUGGUGGUGCGGUCUAAGGCCUGCGUGCGGCUGCUGCGGCUGGUCGUGGCCAAUCUCGGGCCUUCAGACAGGCUUUCGCCCAGAUCGCCGAACCAGCUGAAGGCAGGAUUGCAGCGCUUGGCCGAGGCGCUCGGCUUUCGAGGUGGGAUCCCGUUGAUUGUCAUGGUCGCGGGAGGCUUUGUCAACGAUUGCUGGGUGAUGGGCAGGAUGCACCAGCUCAUCAUGACACUAAUGUUUAG